AUGCGCGUGUUCAAAUCAACACAAGUCAUUCGCUUUGAAUCAGAUGCUGUUGUUGAGGCUGUCGAAAAGAAAACAUCAUUUAAAGACUGCGAUAAGCGAGUUAUUAAACUUGAUAAAAGUUAUUUCUCUGUUUAUGACUCAGUAAAUGCUGAUGCUGUUCAUCAUUUCAAAUUCAAACCGCCAUUAAAGUUAAUUCUAGCCUUAUUAGUUAUUGGCUUUGUAUCUGCCUUUGUUUUUUACACUUACAACAAGUACAGCCAACAACAAACUAAUACACAACCUACAUCACCGAAAUUAAAUACCUCACCUAAUCCAGUUGAUAUUGCCAAGAGUCUUAUUUCAGGCACUAGCGCUCAAGUUCAACAGGACAAAAAAGCAUCUAUUGAAGACUUGCGCGAAUACAUUGAAGAUCGGACACCAAGAAUUAAGAAUGUUCCGUUUUCUGCUCCUGUCUACGAUGAGCUAACACAAGCAGUCGCUUAUCCUCGACUCGUUUGUUUAUCUUCUGAAGACCCUAAGUUAGUUAGCAAACGUCCGGCUAAAACUGUUAGCAACGGUGUUGCUUGUCAGUGCUAUACACAACAAGGCAGCAAAGUCACUGUUGAUGUCGACUUCUGUUUAAAAGUAGUUGCUGAUGGUUUCUUCGACCCUGCCCAGCCUGAUAGAACUUCCCGUGAUGGCAAUCAACAACAGCCUGUAACGGCGUCACAAGAGUUGCGUACCGAAGUUUAUGACAGUUAUGGAUCAGCUUGCUCUGCUUUUAUGCGUUAUAGCCCUUCUUCAUCUUGCCCAAGUUUUCCUAUUACUGUUCGAUCAGGUGGAAUUUAUAUAGAUAUAACUUAUGAAAACUCUUAUUCUGGCGCAGUCUCUAGAGGGUUGCCUUAUAAAAACUCCUUGGGUCAAUACACCUCUGAUAGUCCUUGUUCUCAAUCUCAAACUUAUAAUUUUGAUACGCAUUCAUGUGAUGGUAAUGAUCCACCUAUUCCUCCCGGUACUGACUGCUCAUCCAAAACUGGUCAAUCAGAAGAGCAAACUUGGACAUAUACCGGCCCUGAAGCUUUACCAUCGUCCGCAAAUAUUAAUGGUUGUUUAGUCACCGUUAAUGAUGGCGUUUGUUUACUUGGCACUUGUGCCGGAGUUGUUACUUAUACUGGCCAAGCAACACCUACUUCUAGCAAUAGUGAUGGUAGCGGUAGCUCAGGUAGUGGAAGUGGCUCAGGUUCAGGAGGUACUGGCUCAGGAGGUAUUGGCGUUGGUACUGGAACUGGUGAAGGUGAUGGUACUAAUACAGGUACUGAAACAGGCACAGGCACUUGUACGAGUACUGACACAACCACUUGUACAGGCACGGGCACUGGUACAGGCACUGGCACUGGCACUGGUACCGGCACGGGUACUGGUACUGGUACUGGUACUGGUACAGGCACUGGCACCGGCACUGGCACUGGCACCGGCACUGGCACUGGCACUGGCACUG